GUCUAGGGCCUUCAAAGCCCACUAUGACUUCACGCGGUUGGCCUGGGAAAGGCAAUCAGGUCAUUGUCCAUGGCAACCAGGUCUUUCAUGUCCACUGUGAUUUUAAGGACCACAGCCCUUUUGCACCUACCAUGCCUUCUCCACCUACAAGAUCUUCAAAGCCCGGCAUGUCUUCAGCAUCAACUGAACCCUCAAUGUCCAAAGUACCUUCCAAGCCUCCUGCCUCCUUGAAGCCCACCAAAUCGGCAAUGCCCAAUAGCUCCUCGGUGUCCACUAAGCCAUCAACGGCCCCCAACUCGGUCACAAGCCCAAGCAGUUCCAAGUCUACCAAGUGGGCAAGUACAAAGACAGCCCCUUCUAAACAGCCCGGCAGCAAGCCCCGAGUCCACAGCAGGGCAAGAACGCCCAGCAAGGCCAGCACUGACACCAGGGGCAGCAAAGUCAGCAAGGCCAGUGGGGUAAGACGCCACCAAAGGAGGGGCACUCACAGCCGGGGCCGAACUCCUGGAAGAAGGGGAGGCCACAGCUCCAAGAGGUCACCCAGCAGGGCCAGUACUAUGAGCAGGAUGAGAACUCAUGGUGCCACACCAGGUGUGCCCAACAGGGUGAGAACUCCUACUUCCCAGAAAAAACAGAGUGGGGGCAAGAGUUCCAGCCGGCCUAGAAACAACAACUGGGAAAAAAGUAAGAGCCAGCCUAAAAAUAUGAGCAGAGAGAAGAGUUACAGCCCACCAGGAGCCUCAGGCAUGGGGAAGAGUUCUGGGCUGGCUAUAACCCCAAGUAGGGCAAAGAGUUACAGCCCCACUAGAACUCCCUUCAAGGAGAAAGGUUAUAGCCAGUCUCCAUCAUCAUCAAGGAGGGUGAGAAGUUAUAGUGAGAUGAUCACCCCUAGUAGGGAAUGGAGUUACAGCCCAAAUGAAGUAUCCAGCAAGGUCAAGAGUUACAACCAGGAUAGUGUACCCAGCAGGACCCGGAGUCAUAGCCAGUCUAGUACCCCUAGCAGGGCCCAAAGCCACAGCUGGUCCAGUACCCCCAGUAGGACCCAAAGUCAGAGCUGGUCUAGAAUGCCCAGAAGAGCAAGAAGUCGAAGUCAGAAGAGAGCCCACAGUAGGAUGAGAAGUCACAGUUCCAAGAGAAAUCACAGUAGGGCAAGAAGUCGUACCCGGAAAGGAACUCCCAGUCAGAUGAGAAGACAGAGCCAAUCCAGAACCCAUAGUAACGGAACAUAUUAUAACCAAUCUGGAACCCCCAGAAGGGAAAGAAGUCACAGCCAGUCUAGAAACCCCAGCAAUAAGCGAGGUCACAGACAAUACAGAAACCCCAGCAAGGAGAGAGAUCACAGACGAUCUAGAACACCCAGCAAGGAGAGAGGUCACAGACAAUGUAGAAGCCCCAGCAAGGAGAGAGAUCACAGACGAUCUAGAACACCCAGCAAGGAAAGAGGUCACAGACAAUGUAGAAGCCCCAGCAAAGAGAGAGAUCACAGACGAUCUAGAACACCCAGCAAGGAGAGAGGUCACAGACAAUGUAGAAGCCCCAGCAAGGAGAGAGAUCACAGACGAUCUAGAACACCCAGCAAGGAGAGAGGUCGAGGACAAUGUAGAAGUCCCAGCAAGGAGAAAGACCACAGGCGAUCUAGAACGCCCAGCAAGGAGAGAGGUCGCAGACAAUGUAGAAGCCCCAGCAAGGAGAGAGAUCACAGACAAUCUAGAACACCCAGCAAGGAGAGAGGUCGAGGACAAUGUAGAAGUCCCAGCAAGGAGAAAGACCACAGGCGAUCUAGAACGCCCAGCAAGGAGAGAGGUCACAGACAAUGUAGAAGCCCCAGCAAGGAGAGAGAUCACAGACGAUCUAGAACACCCAGCAAGGAAAGAGGUCACAGACAAUGUAGAAGCCCCAGCAAGGAGAGAGAUCACAGACGAUCUAGAACACCCAGCAAGGAGAGAGGUCACAGACAAUGUAGAAGCCCCAGCAAGGAGAGAGAUCACAGACGAUCUAGAACACCCAGCAAGGAGAGAGGUCAAGGACAAUGUAGAAGCCCCAGCAAGGAGAGAGAUCACGGACGAUCUAGAACACCCAGCAAGGAGAGAGGUCAAGGACAAUGUAGAAGUCCCAGCAAGGAGAGAGAUCAUGGACGAUCUAGAACACCCAGCAAGGAGAGAGGUCAAGGACAAUGUAUUAGUCCCAGCAAGGAGAGAGACCACAGGCGAUCUAGAACGCCCAGCAAGGAGAGAGACCACAGGCGAUCUAGAAGCCCCAGUAAGGAGAGAGAUCAGAGACUAUCUAGAAGCCCUAGCAAGGAGAAAGGUGGCAGACGAUCUAGAACCCCUAGCAUGGAGAGAGGUGGCAGGCGAUCCAGAACCCCCAGCGAGGAGAGAGAGCACAGCCGAUCUGGAACCUCCAGCAAAGAAACAGAUCACAGCCUAUCUAGAACCUCCAGCCAGGAAAGAGAUCAUAGCCUAACCAGAAUCCCCAGAAAAGAGAGAGAUUGCAGCCGACCCAGAACCCCUAGAAAACAGAGAGGUCAUAGUCAAUGCAGAACCUUCAGAAAAGAGAGAGAGCACAACCAAUCCAGAACAUUCAGAAAAGAAAGAAAUCAGAGACAAUCUGGAACCCCCCGAGAGGAGAGAGCUCACAACCUAUCUAGAACCUCCAGCAAGAGAGGUCAUAGCCUAUCUCAAACUUCUAGCGAGGAGAGAGAGCACAGCCGAUCUCAAACCCCCAGUGAAGAGAGAGACCACAGCCGAUCUAGAACCCUCAAUAAGGAGAGCAAUCCUAGUCAAUCUACAGCCCCCAGAAGUCUCAGCCAGAAGGAUUCCACCAGCAGGGUGCACAGUCCCAGCCAGAAUGGAACACCUAGGAAGACAAGGAGACAGCCCCGCUCUAGAUUUCUCAAUGAAGCCCCAAUUCCAAGCCAGGAUGAUACUCGAGGCAAUACCACUAUCUCUAAGGGUGCCUCACCUGGAGAGAGGUCCUCAUCGUCUUCUUCCAAGCUGGCAUAG